AGAAAAAGAAAAAAAAAAGGAGAGUAAUAAGAAAUACGAGUAGUAGUGAAUAGUAAUAAAGAAUAAUAAUAAUAACAAUAAAAGGAAGGAUAAAUCUCAUCAAAAGGGAGAGUGCUUCUUCAGGUGGGUGUUUGGUGUUUAGGAGGAGGAGGAAGAUAAACAGAAACACAAAGGGAAGGAAGAAGGAUAUGAUGAUGAUAGUUGUAAUGAGGAAGAAGAUUAAGACGGUGACUAUUAGUAGUAGUAGUAGCAGUUCCAUCUUGUUCUUGUUCUUCUUCAUCCUUGUUGUUGCUGCUGCCGCCGACACAGAUCCAUCUGAUGCUUCUGCUCUGAGGGUGAUGUAUCAAGGUUUGAAUUCCCCUGGACAAUUGACCAAAUGGACCUCUAACGGCGGGGAUCCUUGUCGAGACAACUGGAAAGGUGUCAAGUGUUCAGGUUCUAGAGUCACUGAAAUCAACCUAUCCGGUCUUGGUCUAUCUGGUAAUCUAGGAUACCAGCUUACUAGUCUGACUUCCUUGACCAACUUUGAUAUCAGCAACAAUAAUCUCGGCAACCAGAUACCUUACAACCUUCCUCCUAACUUGCAACGACUAAAUAUUGCUGGAUGUGGUUUCAGUGGCAGCCUUCCGUAUUCCAUAUCGCUAAUGACUUCUCUUAAAUACCUAAAUGUCGCUCACAAUCAACUUAACGGUGAAUUGUCUGACAUGUUUGGAAAACUUUCCUCUCUAUCUACACUGGAUCUAUCAUUCAAUUCUCUUACCGGUACACUUCCAGAGAGCUUCAGCUCAUUGUCUAGUGCGACUGAUAUGUAUUUCCAAAACAACCAGUUUACAGGAACCAUUGAUGUCCUUGCCGAUCUUCCCCUCAAAAACCUAAAUGUUGCCAAUAACAAAUUUAGUGGUUGGGUCCCCACUCGGCUAAAGAACAUAAAUCUACAAAAGGAUGGUAACUCAUGGAGCUCCGGGACUGCGCCCCCACCUCCACCUGGUACACCUGCAGGGGGCAGCCGAAAUCACCAACCAAGUGGCAAUACGAGCCCGUCGCCAGGCAAUUCUGGUGAUAGUGGGAAGAAAUCUGGGGUGAGCGGUGGAGCUAUAGCAGGUAUCGUGAUAUCCGUUUUGGUGGUUGGUGCAGUCAUUGCAUUCUUCUUAUUAAAGAAGAAAUCCAAAAGGUCACAUACUGACAUUGAAAAGAUGGAGAACCAGCCUUUUGCUCCACUUGCAUCACAGCCGCAGGGAGUUCAAGAAAUGAAGUCUGUUCAUGCUUCCUCUAUGGCAAACACAAAAACGAUUGAAAUUCCAUCUUCGAUAAAUCUUAAACCACCACCAAUGGAACGCCACAAAUCGUUUGACGAUGAUGAUUUCUCAGCAAAACCUGUGGUUCCCAAAAAAGUGACUGUUGCUCCAACAAAUGCCAUAUCAUAUUCAAUAGCUGAUCUUCAAAUAGCUACAAAUAGCUUUAGUGCUGAUAACCUUGUCGGCGAGGGAUCUACUGGACGCGUUUUUCGUGCUCAAUUCGAAGAUGGAAAGGUUGUUGCUGUGAAGAAGAUAAAUUUGUCUGCUCUGCCUGGUGACUUGUCAGAAGAUUUUGUUGAUAUAGUUUCUGAUGUAUCAAGGUUACGCCAUCCAAAUGUAACAGAGUUGGUUGGGUAUUGCUCUGAGCAUGGGCAACACCUCCUAGUUUACGAAUUCCUUAAAAAUGGUUCUCUCUAUGAAUUCCUGCACCUCUCAGAUGAAUACAGCAAGCCACUAACCUGGAAUAACCGUGUCAAGAUUGCUUUAGGGGCAGCACGUGCUUUGGAAUAUUUACAUGAAGUAUGUUCUCCAUCCGUUAUACAUAAAAGCAUCAAAUCCACCAACAUUUUACUUGAUUCAGAGCUCAACCCUCACCUUUCUGACUGUGGUUUAGCAUGCCUUGUUCAAGAUGCAGAUCAGGAACUAGACAACAGUGCCCCAGAGGUUUCCAUGUCUGGUCAAUAUACCAUAAAAAGUGAUGUCUAUAGUUUUGGUGUUACCAUGUUGGAACUGCUCACAGGAAGAAAACCAUUUGAUAGCUCAAGGACAAGAUCUGAGCAGUCUUUGGUGCGAUGGGCAACACCUCAACUUCAUGACAUUGAUGCCCUUGUCAAGAUGGUUGAUCCAGCACUAAAAGGACUCUAUCCAGUUAAAUCUCUCUCAAGGUUUGCGGAUGUAAUUGCUCUAUGUGUACAGCCCGAGCCUGAGUUUCGACCACCCAUGUCAGAAGUGGUAGAAGCAUUGGUUCGACUUGUGCAGAGGGCAAAUAUGAGCAAGAGAACUGUUGGUAAUGAUCAACUUUCAUCGAACAACCAGGACCCCCAGGAGUGCGACCCUUAAAAAUACGGAGGUGAAAUGAAUUUGUUUGUUUAUCUUUGUUGCAUCAUUUUGUUAGUUCAAUCUUUUAUUGAUAUUGUGUUGUAAUUGUCAUCUUUCUCACGAGUUCAUGUAAAUUAGAAAACUAAACAGAUGUUUGGAAGUUGAAAUUGUUUAUACUACCACGUAAUUUGAUUGGUGAA